UCAAUCGAAAUGGAAAAGAUUCUUUUUAUCACUUUGUGCGUUGUGACUAUCGUUUAUGGUCACGGAGAGAGCGAAACAAAAGUUUCAAGGGAACACCAAGGAGAAUACAAAUUCGGUAUUGACCAUCACUUCCACGGACACUGGAAAGGUUCUUCUCAUCCUCACGGAUUCGCCGGUUUGGGCGACGGCCACGGAGACUACAAAGGUGCCGAUGUGAAAUUCGUCCACUUCCUUCCUCAGAGCCUCUUCGGAGGACAUGGAGGACAAGAAGGUAAAAAAGGCCAAGAAGAAAAGGCAGAAGAAGUACAAGGAGGUAGCGGUGGUAGCGAAGGCAAAGAAGGUGGCGAAGCUAAAAAAGGUGGCGAAGGCGGCAAACAUCAUCAUGGUACUAGCUACGUAAACUUCAAUAUGAAAUCUGUUGUUGAAGAACAUCACGGAAAAUGGUGAUUUUAUACAAAGUUUGACUAUCAAUAAAAAACUCAUUUAUCUUUA